GGGCAGCGGGGCUGGCGAGGAGGCAGGCGUGGGCCAGCAGCGCCAGCAGCCACCGCUUGGCUUCCCGCGCGGGGCCGCUUUGGCAGCACAGGGCACGGGCACGUGUCGAGUCGGGGGGGCAGGAGCACGGGCACUCCCGGACGCGCAUCCUCCCCGCCAGUGAAUGGCGUGUCCCGGGCCCGCGAGCGGAGCCGCUCCUCCGCCACUCGGCAGCAAAGUUCUCAGUCCUGCGCCUUCCCUGAGCCCGCAGCACUGGCUGCGGCCGCCCGGGCAGACACCAGCUCCUCGGGGCGGGUGGGGCCGCUCAGCAGCCGCAGCCAGCACCACCCCCAGCUGGGGUGGGGUUCGGCCCCACGAGGGACCUGGCCAGGCCAAGCUGCGCUGACGCUGUGCGUGUGGGAACCUUGUCCCUUUCCAAGCCCUUCAGCAGCCAUUAUGAAGCUGCUGAGGGGCUGGGGGAGGUUUCCCGUCGCAGUACCGCGGGCCACAGAAAAUGCUUUGACAGGCCGCAUGGCAGCCCGCGGGCUGUAUGUUGGACAAGACUGGUCUAGAAGCUGCUGACCUGACCCAAAAGUAUGCUGCAUGUGUUUCCACGACAAUUCCUGGUGCCGUGACUCGGAUCCAGAACACAGGCUGAGGAAGGAGGACCGCAGGCUGCCCCCCCCGAAUCCCGAGGCGCCAAACUUGAGAGGUCUGUUCAUUCACAGGUCCAAGAAGCCUUACCUCAACCACCGGAUGUUCCCUGUCACAACCUCGAACCAGGGGAUUGGAUCUACGUAAAGGUCUAUCAACGGAAAAACGCACUUCAACCCAGAUGGAAAGGACCUUUCCAGGUACUUCUGACCACUAAUUCUGCUGUUCGUUGCCAAGGUCACCAAACGUGGACUCACGCCUCGCACUGCAAGAAGGUAUCACCUCCAUUGGACCCCGAAGCAGCUGUAUUCCAACCAAGGUUGGGAUCUUUCCCUGAGGCCAAGGACAAAGACCCUCAGAACCUCACUCAGGCAAGUGAGGAGCAUCAGGGUGCGAGUGCUAGUAACCUCUCCCCUGAACCCAACACCUCAGCCCAGCCGGAUUCAUCAGUUGAAGAACGAAGAUAUCAUCUUCGGCCUCGAAGAAAGUGAAUGCUCCCAUUCGGAAGAUCACCACCUCGAUCAAGACCAAGAGCCGACAUUAUCAGUCCUUUAGGUAACUUGAGCCCAGAGGACGAAGAAAGACUUUGGCUGCCAUCCUGGGUUUGGCUAGUAGUGUUCUUUUUCUUACUGGUGCUGGUUAUGUUUGUUGUUAAGAUUCUUUGUCCCUCCUGUAUCUAAAAAUGGCACUGAUAUCCUUAUAUAUCACACUUGGGUAUCUCAGUAUCACCCAAGCGGGGUGGGAGAAAAAUUUGUAUUUGCACAUCUCCUGUACGGUGGCUCAAGCUGGAAAUAAAAGUGACUGCUGGAUAUGCUCUCACAGCCCAGCGCACCUACACAAAGGAAUCCCAAUGAUCGGAGUACCAAUAUCCCUCCAGCAAUGGGGAACAAUAAACGGCGGCUUCGUUAGACACUACUCGUUAGCUGCCCAUCGGUCCGCUCCUAAAGAAUGGAGGGCCACCCCUACUAACUGGAUAAUCUCCCCAAGAGUAGAGGUGCCUUUCUGUUACAGAUUCAACAACACCGGAGCUUAUAAUAAAGCCACACCUGUAGGACACUACCCUCAUUGCCUUACUACUCUAGAUUAUAGCCCUAGUAGCACCAGUGGAAUCCUGUUGGGUAACAUACCCUCUCUCAAUUGUACAGGAUUCAUGGUCUACAACUUUUCUAAGGAACCUCAUGUUGCUCUCAUUGCAAACAGAUCGGAAUUUUACAUUGACUCCAAUUUUACUUGUAAUAUAUCUCGGUCCAGCAGGAUAGCAGCUAAACGUGGUCCGUCCUAUACGAUGCAUAUCAAUCGAAAGUGCCGGAUAUGGCACAACACCUGUCGAGAUUUGAGUACCCUUUCUGCCCCAGGCCUUUACUGGCUCUGCAGAAACAGGGCUCAUAAAAUCUCGCCCUGGAAUUGGGUGGGGGCAUGCACUCUUGGACGUGUUAUCCCUGGUUUUGAAAUGCAUAGUGCGAUAUAUCUGGAACAAGUAAAAAAUUUCAACCAUCACAUGGAAAGGGCGGUUAACCCCUUAGCUACCAGAAACACAGGAUUCCAUCGAUUUGUGAGAACCUUCAUACCGUGGCUUGGAGUAAGAGAAUUGGAACUAGCCAUAAUUAACAUUUCAGCCACAAUGGAAGCUAUGGGAAAUGCCACUGCAGAUGCAAUUCAGGCUCUGCAAGAAGAGAUCUCCCAGAUCUCACAAGUAACUAUACAACACCGCAUAGCCCUAGAUUACCUAUUGGUAUCCCAGGGAGGAGUAUGUGCCUUAGUAAACUCCACCUGUUGUGUCUAUGUCAAUCAGGACAUGCGAAUCGAAACUGACAUUCGCAAAAUCCGAAAUCAGUUAAGGGUCUUACAUCAAGUGGCCUCAGAAAAUACUGACUGGGGUCUAGAAGAAAUGUGGUCUUGGCUAACCUCCUGGCUCCCAGAUUUCAGGGCCCUUGGCAAGAAAAUCCUGUAUGGAAUAUUGUUUGUCUUGAUAGUUCUGAUAAUGUUUUAUGUAUUAGUGCAACUGAUCCUCUGCUGCGUGAAAGCCAGCAGGAGAAGCUUUAGCAAGGCAAGAAAACCCACAGCAGAGUCUAGAAUAAUAGUGUUACAAAAGUGUGAGCAGAUUGAAAGAAAACAUGAAAGGCUGCAUGAUGAAAUAGAGGGGCUCAUGAGAAUGAAAGUUUAAGGCUAAAGUGAGACUAAAUAGUCUCAAAGGGGGGGGGCUGUGGAAUCAGAAAAAAUAUAUGCCUUAAACUUUGAUUAUUUUAGUUAUAAGAUGACAUAACCACUUUGUGGAGAAUUGCUGGCUCUGUACAGUAGAACAGAUAAGGGCAAGUGUUUGUUCUUUGUAACUCCUCUGCAACUGCUUCGCUCACCGCGGCCUUGAAGGUAGCAAAAAGUAUGUACAAAGUAGAUUUCCAGGUGCAAGAAGGAGGUUUGUGAACUAACCUCACCUCCCACAUUAGUUCCCAUCCUGAUUACAACAAAGAAAUAAUGAAGUAAUAUUAUAGCCGCUUUUCAUGCUAAUUUCACUAUAUGAUCACGUGAGUUGUAAGCGACUGUUAAAAAGUAUAUAAGCCUCCUGAUUUUGCUCUUGGGGGGGGGGACCCCUUCCAAGUGCUUGGAAAAUCCAUGUCACUUUGGAACUCCCCCUACAGCUGUAGUUUCUUUUGAAUAAAAGCUUCUGCUGACCUGACCCAAAAGUAUGCUGCGUGUGUUUCCACGACACCAGCUUAGUGCAUCUCAGAAAAUUUGGUCAGCUAUCAUUGAACUGAGAAUCACAAUGAAAUUUCUUUUCAAUAAUUCACUUUUAUUUAUUAACUUUCUUUUUUUGUGUUUUUGAUUCUCUCU